AUGCAGUACUUUCGGUCGUCGCAAUUAUACACUCGUUUGAUAGACACCGUGCCGACAACCCUACCCUGGUCAUCCAGUGACCCGUCAGUGAAAGGAGACCCUAGAAAGAGCGUUAAAUGGAUCGAUGGCCUCCGGGGCAUUGCUUCAUUCUUAGUUGUCUUAACCCAUCUCGCGCGAGCAUGGGACUACGAACUAUUCUCACCUCGCGAUGAUGAAAAUGCAACCCCGCGAAUUCUCCAAUGGCCAAUCCUCCGCAUACCCUGGCAAGGUCGAAUUGGCGUGACCAUCUUUGCCUUCCUCACUGGCUAUGUCUGCGCGCUCAAACCUCUGAAGCUAUCACGAGCAGGCGACACGACCGGUGCAUUCGUCACGAUAGCGAAGAGCGCAUUCCGGCGACCCCCACGCCUGAUAUUUCCAGCAACGAUUGCCCUCGUGAUAUCAUGGAUCGUUGCGCAGCUUGGUGGAUUCAUCGUUGCGAACAGAUCAGACUGCUGGUGGUGUCGAUAUGCGGCGCCGGAUCUAGAGGAUUCCUUCUGGAAAGAACUCAUUCGUCUGCCAAAGAAUUUCUUGUCGACUUGGACGACGGGCUACAUGGCAUACGAUGACCAUCAGUGGGCACUCUUGCCUCUGCUUCUGUCAUCAAUGUUGGUGUACAUCACUCUUUCCGCGACUAUGUUUGUCAAGUCUGGAUACAGAGUGUUGAUUUACAUUGGCAUGAUGCUCUAUUUUCAUCAAGAUGCAUCGAAAAACACAGAAACAUUCCAGCUACAAGCCGUGUAUGGAAUGUUAUUGAGUGAUUUCUCAUACAACAAAGCUCUGAAAGCAUGGAUAGAAGACCAUCCCCGGGGCCGCAAAAUGCUUACAAUCCCACUCACCAUCGUCGGCUUGUUGAUCGCCUCAUACCCAGGCGAGCACCCCGAAUGGGCGGGCUGGUCUAACUUCAUGUUGAAAACAGGCCACUAUAUCUUCCCACCAGAAGUCAACCUUGGGAAACGAUACACUGCACUUGCGAUUGAUCUCAUUAUCCUCGCAAUAUUCUUCUCGCCCUCUGCCAAAGACUUCCUCUCCAAUCGAUUGCUUCUCUGGCUCGGCAAGCAGAGCUUCGCCGUCUACCUGAUUCAUGGGACUAUGCUCCGAGUCGUGCUUUGCUGGAUGCUGUAUGGAGUUAGUGGACAGCCUUGGGAGGGCCCUGAAGCUCUGACAGAUGACCAACGGGACUGGAUUCCUCUUCGGUCUCCAUGGGUAGUUGGGAUCAGCAUUCCAGUUUGGAUUGGAUUGGUAUAUCUUCUUGCGGCGCUGUGGACGGGGUAUGUUGAUAGCUUCUGUGCUUCCCUGACGCAGAAAUUAGAGCGGGCCAUGUUUGUCGCGGAUGAGAAGACACCGUUGCCAUUGCCUGCGACGUCGAUUCCCAUGCAGACCACAUAA